AUGUUAUUGCGCUGCAAGAAACCAAAAGCCGAAGGUCCGACGAACAACGAACGAACGAUGGAAUCCUCAUCACUCGUGGUGUCGGCGGCGUUGGUUUCAUCGAGCACCCAUCUGUCGUCCAUCUCGUCGAUUCUCACAAAGUCCUGUCCCUUCGCUCGCCAUCCUAUGCCUACGGCAAACGCUUCUGAAGGCCAUCUCUAUCGUCAACUGCUAUUCUCCACACUCUACAUCUGA